AUGUAUUAUGAUAAUACAAGUGAUGAUGAAGAUCUCUUACCAGUUCAAUCUUUAGAAUCAUUCACAGUAAAUAAUAAUCGAGAACAGAAUAAUGAUUAUUCAACAUGUAUAUUGGUGGGUUUGGUGGAUGGAAAAAUUCAGACAUGUGAGCAUAGAACCUGUAUGCAACAUUUCAAUGUUGAUCAAAAAUAUCAUAAAAAUAAAUUGAAAACUACAAUACCUGUAAUUGAUAAAAAUGUCCAGGUUCCUUGUAAUGGACAAAUAACCUGUCAUGCAUUAAAUAACUUUGGUGUGAUUUGCAAACCAGAAGUUGGGCAUUUACAUGUGAAAAUGGGAUCUGGAAAAUCACUAUUUGAUUGUGAAAAAUUUGGUUUACAUAACAGUGACCAUUCCACUUCCCUUGAUCUUCUAGAAACACAAGAAAUGGAAGCAAAAAAUUCAAGUUCAAAAGCAGUAAUAGAAAUAUUAACAAUAUCUGACCUGUUAUAUACAAAAGUGCCAAGUCCUUUUGUACUAAAGGCACUUGAAACUCUAGGUGUUAAAUUUAUUAAAGGCUUUAUAAAUGGAAAUGCAAUCGAUGAAGAUAACAUGAAAUCACUAAUAAGUGCUGCACAAACCAAACAUGAGAGGAUUGGUGUUCUUUUCUCUGAAUAUUUGAAUGAUGCCACAACUCCUCAUGGAACCGGAGCAAUAAAGACACACAAAGAAACUAUAUGGGAUUUAUUUAAUCAUUUAUUAGACACACUUAAUGUUGCAGAUAAUAGAGCACUUGAAUGCAAUUUAUGGAAAAUAAAAACCUUAUGCAUUGAAUCCUAUUGGAGUGCAACAACUUUUUGA